CUGCCGGAAAUUGUAAAAAGAAGAAGAGGAAGACACAUUUAGCUUCUCGGCGUGAGCUUAGCUUUCUACAACUGUUUCCUCGAUAUUAGCCAGCAAAAGAUUGUGUGAUUCCUAGUUCCCCGAGUUGUCAAAGUAGAUGUAUUUCACAACACUGUGUUUUGUCAAAGAUUCGGAAAUCGCCUAUAGGUCACAGAAUCGCGCUUUUAGGCUUGUUUUACAAUUCUCUUUGCUCGCUAGCCGAGGUUAGCACGUAGGCUAACAUUCACUCAGUAUGAAUAUUGACAACGUUAGCCAGAGUGUCUCAACUGGGGCAUCGUGUACUACUUCUUCAACAAUGAGUAAUUGUAUCGCGAAUGAUAAUGCAACAACUAACGUCAGCAGCAUCCCUCCUGUCACGAGUAAUGCUUCUGUUUCAACGGCGUUGGGGACACCUUCAGCUGACACAACAGUCUCUAACGGCGUCUAUGUUCCUGGUGGUAUCACUAAUGGAGACGUAAAACCUGCUGUAUCUACCACUCCCCUGGCAGAUUUCCUCAUGCAGUUGGAAGAGUACACCCCUACAAUUCCUGAUGCAGUUACUGGGUACUACCUCAAUCGUGCUGGCUUUGAGGCUUCUGAUCCAAGGAUAAUCCGUCUGAUUUCUCUUGCCUCUCAGAAGUUUAUCUCAGACAUUGCCAAUGAUGCGCUCCAAUACUGUAAAAUGAAGGGCACUGCCUCUGGAAGCUCCAGGAGUAAGACAAAGGAUAAGAAGUAUACACUGACUAUGGAAGACCUGGCUCCUGCCCUCUCAGAAUAUGGUGUCAAUGUCAAGAAACCUUAUUACUUUACAUAAAAAUGUAACUACUAAUUUUUAUUUUCUUUUGACUUUUGCUAGAAUUAUUACACUGCUGACCUUCUAGUCUGUUGGCACCUUUUGGUUGAAGUUUUUUUUGUUUAUUAUAAUGCUUUAGUACCGCUUUGAUGAAUCUUUGUAGUAAAUUUGGAAUCAUUUUUUGUGGAGUCAUCUUGCAUUGUAUUGAACUGUAAAUUUAAGUUUUAUGAAAAUAAAACUCUAGCCAAAAAUA